UUUGGAAAGGCGCUUUGGGAAAAUCCCAUUCACUGCACACCCGAGGGAUCAUUGAGUUGGCAGGAGCUAUAUCGUGUGGCACAGGACGGUCUCCCUUGGCAUAUAUUGGCUAUGGAUGCUACUGUGGACUGGGAGGACAAGGCUGGCCUAAAGACAAAACAGACUGGUGUUGCCACAGGCACGACUGCUGCUACGACAAGGCGGAGCGGGAGGGCUGCAGCCCCAAGGCGCAGCGCUACCGGUGGGUCUGCGAGCAGAACGCCGUGCGGUGCGAUAACCUGACAGACCGGUGUGAGAAAAUGGUGUGCCUGUGUGACCAAGAAGCAGCCAAGUGCUGGGGAGCAGCCCCGUACAACCCACACUUCAUCCUCUGGCCGGACUUCUUGUGUGGACAGACCCAUCCCACUUGCCAUUUCAGAUACAGGGGGCCAGAAUAGUCGUUUCUUGGGACCUUUCUUCUAACCCUUUGAAUUUGAAGGUGCCGCAAUAAAAACGUUACCCCUUUUUACCAGAGC